AUGUACAUAUACAUAUAUGAGUAUACGCAAAUAGCUUCCGUGCUUCCACAAGCGCUUUGCGUCGCAGGAAUAAUUCUGCGAGGCUGCUUUUAAUCACCCUGCGCUCCUAUGAAAAUUUUGCGCAUUAUUAGUUGUAUUCACCAAAUCAAGCAACGACCGUUGACAACAGCCAGGCCACUUGCUCACUUUGGUGGAUACCACUAUUGUUAGCGUAAUAAAAAUUCAUACAGCAAGUGCAAGAUGUUAAUUAUGUACGUCAUCUUUAUUCGGACCUAUGAUGCUGACAUGCUACACAGCAAUGAUGACCAAUGUGAAUUCCAUUAUGUGUCUUUAAAGAGGAUACUAAGAGACUGUUCUGCUGGUAGAACCAUUCAUGAUUACUAUGAGUGCAACGGACAUUUAAAUAAUAGCCAACGCGAUCGGAUUAUAAACGCUGUUGUGGAACACGUUGUUGCAAAUGAUAUAAAAUUAAGGCCCGUCAACUUCGAGCAAUUUUUAAAAGACAUACAAGUGUUGUUUCCCGAAGAAAAAUGUUCUUUGGUAAUUAAAGAAGAAAAAAGGAACAACUAA